AUCCAGGAAUCUUUCUUUAAGCCACUGGAAAUGGAACAGCCGGAGUGGAUUCCCAGCAGCCUUCCAGUUCUCUGGAGCGGCCCGCCCUCUGCUGGCGGAUUUCCGCAUUUCAGCACGGUGAAGUUUUGCCCGUGAAUUAUUUUAUUUCUUUCUUUAGCGAAUGAUAUAGAGUACAUGAAUAACAGCAGUAAGCAUAUAUAAAAGGAGGACUUAAUACUCGGGUACACGUGAUAGAAAUAUGCACUCAAUUUGCUAGCCUUGCUGGACAAGCGUCUGGAUUGCAGCUCUGUCUUGUUACACAACGCGCAUAACGUUGCAAAUCUUCCAGUUGAGAACAAGUUUGUAGACUUUUGCAAUCUGGCUUUGCCGGGUUCCCACGCUAGUGUUGUCCUAGGUUGAAAACUGCAAUGCAAGCUGGCCGCUUUACACACGUACACACACACACACACACAUAACGUUGGAACCGAGAGAAACGGAAGUCACAAGUAGGAACCAGACUUGGCAAUUCCAGAUCCAGAUUUCAUUUGAUCCUUCCCCCCGUCCUCCGUCUUCUCAAUCUGUAAUGCGAGACAGGAGCAAGAAGGAGACCGGGGGGCGGGCGGGGUGAAGCAUUUUAAGCCUUUUUUCAGUUGCAUUCAUCUGAACGGACUUUGCAUCUCUUCUUUCGCCGAGUCAGCUCUCCCAAGUCCUUUCUGCUCGGCCGUCCUACCUUGUCGGGCUGCUGUUCCCGAAGCAAAAGCCCCGUCUCCGGAGCGCCCGAGGCUUUCUCGUCCAAAGGCGUCAAAAGGCAGCUCCACCCGGAUGGGAAGAGAAGGGAGGGGAGGGGAGUAGAAAGGUACCCAUCGCCCACCUCUUAAGGCGCUAGCCCUUUAAGAGGAGGCGAGCAUGCGCGCUGACGCCAGCCGUUGAGCGAGGCGGGGGGAGGCUCCCUUUCUGCGUCCGCGCCCUUUCCUAUUCCGGGACCCACGAGCUGCGAGGGGCCGAUCCCAGGCGGCCAGGGACUUCGCAGCCUCGGCCGGCCACCCGCCCGAGAAAUCUCUGAAGCGGCGGCCGGGCUGCGCCGGAGCCGGGCUGGGAAAGGAGCGGGCGAGCGGGGCGAGCAAUCCGCGGAUGACUUUGCAGCCGGCGGAAGGGGCAGCAGCGGCUGUGGCGGCAGCGCCCUGCGGGGGGUCCGCGUGGAACGUUGAGGCCCGCUUCCCUUUGUGACGCCGCCGGGGAAAGUUUCCCAACGUUCCAAAGGCGCCUUUGAUCUUCUUCCCCGCCGCGCGCGCCGGGAGAAAGUCAGCCGGACCGGGACCCCCGCCCCUUGCUCGGCCGUCGGGGCGCGCCCUCGCCGCCUCCGCCUCCUCUCUUCCCAGUCUUGUAUGGACUGUGUGGUCCUGGCCUGCAGCCAUGGGGAAGAUGCUAUCCAAGAUCUUCGGUAACAAGGAGAUGAGGAUUUUGAUGUUGGGCCUAGAUGCCGCCGGCAAGACCACCAUCCUUUACAAGCUCAAGUUGGGCCAGCCCGUCACCACCAUCCCCACCGUGGGCUUCAACGUGGAGACGGUGACCUACAAGAACGUCAAGUUCAACGUCUGGGACGUGGGGGGCCAGGACAAGAUCCGGCCCCUCUGGAGACACUACUACACCGGCACCCAGGGCUUGAUCUUUGUGGUGGACUGCGCCGACCGGGAUCGGAUCGACGAAGGCCGGCAGGAGCUUCACCGCAUCAUCAACGACCGCGAGAUGCGGGACGCCAUCAUCCUGGUCUUUGCCAACAAGCAGGACCUCCCAGACGCCAUGAAACCUCACGAGAUCCAGGAGAAAUUGGGGCUCACUCGCAUCAGGGACAGGAAUUGGUACGUCCAGCCGUCUUGCGCCACCUCGGGGGAAGGACUCUAUGAAGGCUUAAUGUGGCUUACUUCUAACUACAAAUCGUAAUUUCGGGGGGGGGGGAGGGCCAGAGAGCUAAACGGGCGCACGCACACCUCCCUCACCGAUGAGUACUUCAAACGUUCCUUCUCUUCCGUCUUUGGCCCCCCCCCCAACUCUUCCCCAACUCGUGGCAGAGGGUCUCACCGGCACAGGCAGAAGACCCUGGUUGCUUCUCUCUCUUGGAAGAUGCCUUGAUUUCUGCGGAGGGAAGAGUGGAGGGGAGGGGUCCUUGCCCCCCCUUUGAUCCAUAGCUACCUACCUGCUCCCCUUCGGGACAUUCCCCCCCCCCAGCCCGCUGCUUCUCUGGACUCGGGUCGCUUCCGAAUGAGUCGAGUCUAACGCCAAAGGGAAGACCCUCGUGAAGAACGUUGGCUGGGACCAAUUCCAGGAGCUCUGGGUCAACUUGGGGGUGGUCGUCCCCCCCGGACCCCCUUUUAAAGGUGGGAAAGCUUGGCACCUCCAAGGAACUGAGUUUGCUCUGCCUUGGCCUCCUGAAGCCGUCCUCCUGACUGGGCAUACCAGGUUGGCAGAGGAGACGCGUGAAGUUCGGAACGAAGGUGCUGCGUUGGCAGCCAAGCUUGAUGGGGAUGGGAACUCCUGGCGGAUUGGCUUGCUUCCUCAGGUUGCCUCUUCCAGUGUCUCCGUCGGGAACGCCCUGCCCCGGCCUUGUCUGGCCUCGCCUCUCUCCUGACCUGUUCCACCUGCUUGGAGGAGACAAGGGCGGGCAUGCCUAGCGCCCGACCAAACCCGUUUGCCCGCUGCGAGGAGGGAGUGGAAUGGAAGCCGCCGUUCCUGGGCGGGUGUCUUCUCCACAAAUUCCUGCCUACGGCUCUGUCCAGAGUUCUCUCCAUCCCCCCGUAUAAACAUGGGACGUUCCCAACUCAAGGGGGACCACAACGGGUGUCCAUCACAUUCCUUGACCCGCAAAUCCAGACUCGGUUCCCGUAUCAAAGAGAACUGGCCAUCUUCCCGUGGGACGGUCAUCUACGGACCACGAUUCUUAUGGUGCCAACAUGCCGGGCCACCCGGGCCUGGUGAAUCGGAGCAAAGGGCCCAUCCUUGGAAAUUUACCUCUCUCUCUCUCACUCACUCUGCUUGAGGGGCGUGUGCGAGAGUGUAUGUGGGGGCUACGGGUUCCCACUCCCCCAGGCGUGUGCAGGACGUUGUUUCUUGAGAACAAAAAAAUGCGCUUUGAUGGUUCAGUUCCAAGCGGUGGGUAUAAAUCGUCUUUUUUUUUUUAAAAUUGUACCGAUAUGAUCCAUUAUAGGGGCAUAAAUCUCAUUUCCAGCACCUUAGAUUGUGUGGCCUUCAGCACAGAGCAGUGUUUUUCAACCGUGGCCCCUUUAAGAUGGGUGGACUUCAAUUCCCAGAAUUCCCCAGCCAGCAUCUUAAAAGGGGUCACGGUUGAAAAACACUGGCAUAAACCAAAGAGGAGUUUUUCACCAGGAGGCUGUGGGGUGGGGUGGGGGUUGUAAGACCCUCCUCUCUAAUUUCAGCCCUUUCCAGUUGCUAAAAAAAACCCCAAUUCCUCCUGUUUGCUCGCUCGCUUUUUAAAUCCUGUUUUGUGGAUAAUAAGCAAUGGCCAAUUUGAAGUGCUGGAACCAUUGGGCUGAAUUGCUCCCAUUCCUUUCCCUUAAGCAGUUUUUAAUUCCUCUUUCCCUUUAAAAAAAAAACCCUCUAUUUUACUAAGAGGGCUUCGGAGGAAUUGGGGAGCAUUGCAAGUUGGCUGCAACAUGGAGAGUGUGUGGGGUGUGUGUGUGUGGACUCAGCUUCCUCCUCCCCAAGCAAUUUCCAAGCAUGUCUUGAUGCACGGAAGGAGACUUGCAACUUCUCUUUUAAUCCCACCCCUCCUUUUAAUUCAUGGGAGGGGGGCUUGCCACUUCUCUUUUAAUCCCACGCCUCCUUUUAAUUCAGAUCUUCUCAUCCCCGGCCUUGCAAAUGGCAAAGAUGCACGAUUCUCACCCAAAUCCUUGAAAUUCGAAUUCUGACCAGCUUGGAAGGAAGGCCUUGGGGUGGGGGGGGGGAGAGGAAGAAAAUCUGGAAUGAGAAAAAGAGGGAAGAAUUUAUUUUUUCUCUUCUGCUGCUGCUGCUGCUGAGAACGGUGGCUGUGCUAAUCCAGAAGGGGGGGGGUGCAAAAAAAAAAUCAGAUUGCAUUUUCUGUCCGCAGUUUUCCACUGCGGCUUGCACUCUGGGUGUGAACUCCUGGAUCAGAUGUGACUCACGCCUGCUCAAGGCGUGUCCUCCACCCGGGGAGGGGGGGGGGAAGGAGAGCUUCUGGGUUGCGCUGAGCCAGCUUAAAAUGUUCUUUUCCAGUCGUCUUCCUGUCCCUCCACGCUCAGCUGAGCCCUUUUUGGAUUUCCAAAAGCGCAGCAAUAAUUGUGGCAAGGGUGUCUUGUAGCUUGUGGUCAAAAAAAAAAAAAAAAAGUCAAAGUGGAGGCCGGAAUAGCGUGAUCGAAGCCCCAUCUGUGUGUGGUUUUUUUUUUUAAUAUUUGAAAAUGUUUAAAUAUUAUUUUUUUUUUUAAAAAAAUGUUUUUUAAAAAAUUAAAAAUUGAUUUUAAAAAACAGGCAGAAGUUUGAUCGUGCGGUUCGGGAGGUCAUUUUGACUUUUUUUUUUUUCUUUGAGCCGUAGAUGCGCCUGAAAGCUGGAAUUCUCCCCCCACCCCUAAUUUCUCCAACGUUUGCAGGGAGAGCACGUGACAGUGUUCUUUGAUCUUUCUUUUCUGGUGGUUUCCUUCCAAGCUCCCGAUUUCACCCGUUUGGGUGAAAAGUUAUUCGGAAAUAUUUUCGGAUUUGGAAAACUUGUGCAAGGGCGCCUGUCUAAAGUUGUGUGCAUGCGAUGGACAUUCUCCAAAAUGCUUGCAAAAUGGGUUUCUUUACCAUGGCGGCUUGAAGAUGGGUGGACUUUGACUCCCAGAAUUCCCCUGCCAACAUGGUAGGAGGAGGAGGGGGGGGGAAUUCUGGGAGUUGAAGUCCACUCACCUUUGAGCUGUUUUAUGUCAUCCAGAGAACUGGUAGGGCAGGAAUUCAGCCUGGAGAGAUGUAUUGGGGUAGGGGGGACCCCUAUUUCUGCUCUGUCCCCUUCUGAUGGGGGUAGGGUCCCUCCCCACCUCUUCCCCUCCAGCUUUUCUCCAAAAUAAUAAUAUUUUUGAAAGAAAUUUUUAUUUGGGCCUGGGGACGUGCAUCGUGUAUGUUGCACUAAGACUGCAGGACCACCCUCUCCAUCAUUCCCCAUCUAGCAGUGGAGCAGAUGGGAUUGUUAGUCUCCCCCCCCCAAUCUGUCUGGGGUGCUCAGAAAGACGAGGCUGUGGGGAAGGGACAUCCACAUUUAAGGGAAGGGGCUUCAUCCUGCUUGAAUGGGUGGCCCCAAAUCUGAGCAUAUACAGCCGUAGAUGGGAUGCAGGGAAACAUCUUUGUCCUACCAAGUCCUUCCUUGGCUGGGAAUGCUGGCUCUUGUAGUCCUAAUCUGUCUAACAGGUUGGGAACGGUGGCGGGGUAUAUUCUGAAGGCACUUAAAUCCUCAAAACCAGCCCUGAAAUGUUUAGUGGGUUGGUUUUUUUUUUUAUCAUGGCUUGUAAUUUUUCAUGUUGGAAUCAUUCCGAAAAAGAAAAAAAAAAUCACUCAUAAAAACCCAGGCAUGGGGUGAUGGCUAUUAUUUUCCUUCCCCUGCCCCAAGCCUGGUGGUGCUCAGAGGCUGAUCUGUGUGAAAAUAGCUCAUUUUUUUUUAUUUUCCUCUUUUUUCCCCCACCCUCCCACCCCCGUGCCUUCCGUAAGGGCUGUCACUUAUAAAAGGAAGAACAAGGUACUUUUUCUGUAACUUAAAACUGCAGCUGGUUAACUUGAAUAAGCUGGUCUGUUUCGGGGUUUAAAAUAAAAUUAAGGGUGUUCUUUUUUUUUUUUUUCCUUCCAUUCCCCUGAAUUAAAAAUGAAGGGUGUGUUUAUUGGAUGCUAAGCUGCACAUACAAAAAUGUACUGUACAUUUAUUGCUGGAGUUUUCUUUAGAAUCUUUUUUUUUUUUUUGGCUAGGGUGCGGGAAGGGUGGCGUUCACACGUCCCUCGUGGCUAUGAGUGCCUGGGGUGGGAACCCCCUUUUACAAACAAGGGCUCACUGUUUCGGUUUUUUUUUUUAAAAAAAUAAAUAAAUGAUUUUCGAGUCUUCAU